UUGGUGGAGAGCUGCAAGAAGCAAGCUCAUAAUUUUUGGUAUGGCGUUGAUAGAAUUACUGGCGAUGUCAAUAUCGAUGGUUCUCCUUACAAGGCUUAUGAUGCCGAAGGCCGCGGCUAUCGAGGGCUUAGUGCAGGUGAUAUGAAAGCAGAGGAUCGAGAGAAUUAA